AUGUUGCUAAAAUCCCAAAAUGAUGAUGAAGAUCUGUGUCAUCCUCCUUCUGUGUGUUGCUGUAGGAAUAAAAACCACAGCUGCACAAACCACAGCUGCAGCAACAACAACCACAGUUGCUCCAACGACAACCACAGUUGCAGCAACUACAACCACAGUUGCUCCAACGACAACCACAGUUGCUCCAACCACAACCACAGUUGCAGCAACGACAACCACAGUUGCAGCACCUACAACCACAGUUGCUCCAACGACAACCACAGCUGCUCCAACCACAACCACAGUUGCAGCACCUACAACCACAGUUGCAGCACCUACAACCACAGUUGCUCCAACGACAACCACAGCUGCUCCAACCACAACCACAGUUGCAGCACUACAACCACAGUUGCAGCAACUACAACCACAGUUGCUCCAACGACAACCACAGUUGCUCCAACCACAACCACAGUUGCAGCAACGACAACCACAGUUGCUCCAACCACAACCACAGUUGCAGCAACGACAACCACAGUUGCUCCAACGACAACCACAGUUGCUCCAACCACAACCACAGUUGCUCCAACCACAACCACAGUUGCUCCAACGACAACCACAGUUGCUACAACCACAGCUGCUCCAACAACCACAGCAGCUCCAACCACAACCACAGUUGCUACAACCACAACUGCUCCAACAACCACAGUUGCUUCAACAACAACAGCUGCUCCAACAGCAACCAUAGCUACAACCACAGUUGCUCAAACAACAACUGCUGAGGCAGCGACAACCACAGCUCCAACAACAACCACUGCUUCUCAAACAACAACAGCUUCUCCAACAACAACCACAGCUGCUGCUGCAACAACAACUGCUCCAACA